CUGAAAUCCUUCGCAUAACUGAUCUUUUGGGGGAUAAGUCCCCCAGACACCCGGUCCGUCUUUCUGUCUCCUCCUCAGACCACGAGGUGGCCGCGGCAGACUGGGAUUGGUCCCUGAUGAUCGCAAGGACCCCUCUCCACCUCUUUCCAGCCAAUCCUGGAGGGGUUACUGAGCUGAUGUCUCAGAGGACGAGGGGGUGUAUGUGUUCUGAAGUCCUAAAGAGGCAAGCGACACCUCGAUAAAUGGAGGAGAAGGAGAGAUGUAGGAGCAGGUCUCCAGCCCGGCGGGCCAGCCGGGUGCAGCAGGUGGUGGGAACAAUAAUACGACGCACCCGAGAGUCUCUGAGCAGAGAGCGGUUGCUAGGCGAUGGGAGGUCUCAGCGCUCCAACAGUCUGUCCAAUCAGAACUUUCAAGCCAAGCUGACGCUGCAGAUCACCAAAGACCCGGUCCUGGACAGCAGCACUGGACAUGGCUUCACCCUCACCACAAACGCACCCCUGCUGGUCAGGGACAUCGCCACAGGAAGCCCUGCAGACGGGAUACUUUUCGCAGGAGACCAGGUGCUGCAGAUCAAUGAUGCAGUGCUGGAGGAUAUGAGUACUGAACAGGUGGAAAACGUCUUGAGGGACUUGGACGAUUGCAUCAAUGUGACGAUCCUGCGGCACAUGACAAAUCCCAAGUCAUCCAUUAUGUCAGCAGAGAAGAGAGCUCGUCUGAGGAGUAAUCCAGUUAAAGUGCGCUUUGCAGAGGAGGUAGUGGUCAAUGGGCACACUCAGGGAAACUCUCUUCUCUUUCUACCCAAUGUCCUAAAAGUCUAUCUAGAGAAUGGGCAGACUAAGGCCUUCAAGUUUGACAAUACCACCACUGUCAAGGAUAUUGUUCUGACCCUGAAGGAUAAACUGUCCAUCAGGGCCAUUGAGUACUUUGCCUUGGUACUAGAGCAACAGUAUAGCAUCACUAAACUACUGCUACUGCAUGAAGAUGAGCUCAUACAAAAGGUGGUGCAGAAAAAAGACUCACAUGACUACAGAUGUCUGUUCAGGGUUUGUUUCAUCCCAAAAGACCCUAUGGACCUGCUGCAGGAUGACCCCUCAGCCUUUGAAUACCUCUUUUUACAGAGUGUUGGAGAUGUGCUGCAGGAGCGUUUUGCUGUAGAGAUGAAGUGCAACACAGCGCUCCGUCUGGCUGCCCUGCACAUGCAUGAGAGACUAGACAGCUGUGGACAGACCAGGGCGUCUAUGAAGAGUAUUACAAAGGAGUUUGGCUUGGACAGCUUUAUCUCUCCUACGCUGCUGAGCAAUAUGAGAGAGAAGGACCUGAGGAAAGCCAUCAGCUACCACCUCAAAAAAAUUCAGUCCCUGCUAGAGCCACGCCAGAAGGUGAUAUCGGCUACUCAGGCCCGAUUGGCCUACCUCACUCAGCUUGGAGAGCUCAUUUCAUAUGGGGGACGAUCUUACACAGCUACAAUGAUGCUUCAGGACAGGGAAGUUUUGGUCAGCUUGCUAGUAGGAGCCAAGUAUGGGAUGAGCCAGAUCAUCAACCACAAGCUCAAUGUGAUCUCUACUCUAAUUGAGUUCAGCAGCAUCAGCCGAGUGGAGCUGCUUUCAGAGUCAGACAAAGUCAGCCUGCUGCGCAUCUCACUGCAUGAUAUGAAGCCCUUUGCCUUACUGAUGGAAUCUCUGGCAGCCAAAGACUUAGGGUGUCUGCUGGGGGGCUACUGCAAACUCCUGGUGGAUCCAAGUGUUAAUGUCUUCCGUCUGGGGCGCCCAAAAGUGAGGGUGCACCGGAUUCCUGCUGAAGAAGGUGUGUGUGGGAAGUUCGCCGUAAUAGAGGGCGUGUGCUAUGAAUCCCUAUCAAGUUAUGUCUCUCGCUGUUGCAGCGACUCAGAUGACUCUUCAGAUGAGGACGACCCAAUGGAUUCUCAGAGUUACAAACGGCCAGACCCAGCAAGUCAGGACUGGGAAGAGAGGAGGAGAGAGGAGGAAGAAAAGAGGAGGGAGGAAGAGAGGAAAGAGAGAGAGGAGCACAAAUGUAAACAGGAAGUGAAGAUAAUAGUAACAACAGAAGGUAAAGAAAAUGAGAGUGAAGAGGAGGGAGGAGCCACAGGAAGUGGUCUUCGUAAAUUCAGUGUUAUGGAUGAAGAAAUUACCUUAGAGACCAACUGGUACCACACUGACCCACGGGUCACCAGCAGCUUUUCCAGCUUGUCUAGCGGUUCCUUGAGUGCAGCCCUGGAGGACAGCAGUGCUGCAUCCAAAGGCCUGUCUCGCAUGGAUGCUCUUCGCGGACCACGCACAAGCGACGAGCUUCCAAGCUUAGAUGUGCACCACCCCUACCUCUUAGAGCCAAAACGGCACCAAGGGCCUGUGCGGCCCACCAACCUGAAUUAUCGUGGCAAUGACAACUCUUGCCUCUGCUUUGCUGAGCUUUCCAAGGCUGAUUUCCUGCCGAGCCCACCUGGGGCUACAACCGAUGAUGAUGAGGAGGAGGAUGAGGAAGAUCUAGGAGUUGAGGAACUUAGACGUAUUUCUAAAAUCCCAAGUUCAAGAGAUUUGCGAAUGAUUGACAGCAUACCCUUUGAAAGAUCACCUAUUAAAAGAAAGAAAAAGAUCCCUCCCAAAGUCCCAGUUAGGACAAGUUCAAUUCCUGGAAACAAAGCAGGACAGGCUGAGCACCGCUUGUCUAAGGAUGAGGAAGGUCUAUUUUUGACUCCUUCUCCCAACCCUAAACCAGCACUCCUGGCUAAAGACAAUGUCUCAGAGUCAGAAGAUGAGUUUUUUGAUGCACAGGAGAGAUUUACUCCGCCAGUUCCUGAUCUAUCAGAUGCUGAGCUGGCUGAUCGACGAAACGCUAAUCGCUUGAGUGGAACCUGGAACGGUCUUCCAGCCGUCCCAGGAAAAGAGCCAUCAUCCCCCCUUGCCAAUAAAUCCCACUAUAAAAUCAAGAAGGAAUCAGAAACAGUAAAAGGUCCCACAAAUCAACUCAUCAGCAAACAACCCAGUCCUUCAAGACCAACCCAGAAACAUGAAGUUAAGGUCAAACCACCACUGGCACCUAAGCCCCAGCUACCUCCCAAACCUCAAAUUGUUCCUCCCAAGUCUCCCCAGCAUGGAAGAUCAUAUGCCCAAUGUAAUGGGGAUGCUUCUGGACGUUUGUCUUCUGAGCUAUUGGAAAUGGAACCAGAUACUAUGGAGUUUAAGUCUGUCACAUCAGGUGGAUUGCCUAUGUCAUCAUCCCUGAUCACAGCGGUGCGGUGCAGCAAGCAGCCACCAAGCACCACAAAGCCCCAAACUGAGGAAAAGACAAAAAGACAAGAAAUUAGCCCAAAACAAAAUAAAGACCUGGUGUGCGAAAAUGGGUCACAAGUUGUUUCCAAAGACAAAACAUGCGUUUCUGAUGGAAAGGAAACACCUAUAGUUGAGGGGAAAAGAAAUGAAACUGACUUAACGAAAAAGCCACCAAACCUACCCCCUAUCCCUCGCUCCAGUUCAGGGACCAAACUAGCUGUUCCCCCUCCUGUGCCCCCCAAACCUGCUUCCCCCUUAAAUUUUCACCCAUUAUCGAUACCUGCAAGCUCUCCUGUCUCCCCUACUGAUCCAAGCAAAGGGAUCUUUAAGGAUGCGGUCAGUCCACCCAAUGGAAUACACCCCUGGAGCAGCCGUAAUGGUAACAUCCAAUCAGGACCAAGGAGAGUCUCUCUGAGCCACGAGAGCUUAUCACCCAAAAAUUCAGAUGCACCAAUUACUCUUACCACAUCCCUCACCUCAGCUAACUCUAAAGGUGUUGGGGGUCUUGAGAGCAGAGAACCUGGAAAAUCUGGCUCUGGAUCUGAUUUGAGAACUAGUUCUUCCAGUCUGGGAGGGAGACUACCAGCUUCUGCCUUGAGAGGGAAGAUCCAGUCUUUGCCUUGGUAUAUGACCCGUUCCCAGGAGAUUCUAGGAACCCUAGACUAUCCUUCCACAAGCUCCAUUAAUGGAGACACAUCUGGCUUUGGCUCUGGUUUGUCUGUAGCAAGUGGUUUAUCAGACUUAAACAAAACACCUGUCAAGGAGAAAGAAAUGGUGGCCUUAAAAUCAGGAAGCAAAGGGAGCAUUUUAGAUGAAGGAGCUGAGGUUGUUAUAGCAACCAUUAAAGAGGCCCAGGAAGUGAGCUCACAGAUGAAGAAGUCCAAUGGAACAAAUGGCUCACACCCUAAUCUGAGUUUUAGAGAAAAUAGUGCACACAGUGGCAGUGUUUCAUCAGAGCAGCCUCAGUCACGGCCUCAUUCAGCAGUGGGGUUGGGAGGUGUGUCGAGUAUGCAGAUCGGAGGCGAUUCACCGACCUCCUCAGCAGCCGACACUACUCCUCCACAACAACACCGGGAAGCUUGCGGCUGCCGCACUGUUUAUGCCAACUGUUUCAGUGGGGACACUGAGGAUGGUGUUAGCUUUGAUGAGGAGCUCACGGUUUAUGAGUUCUCCCAGCGCAUACGUCCAAAACCUGCCCGACCCCCACCUCCACCUUCUCCAACAACACCCUUGCCAAAACCCAAUAUACUGUCAUUGCUGAGGGACAAUCCUCGUCCACUUUCUACUUUUUCCACUGCUUCCUCUGAACUAAGUCCUGUAGUUUCUUGUCCAGUUUCACCCACAACUUCCCUUGGCGGUCCUUUUCGUUCCCUUACCAACAAAAACUAUGGGGGGCUAAAGGGAGGUUUUGCUUCUCUACGUCAAGAUAUAGAUCAGCUUCUCCUAGUGUUAGAGAGGGGAGCACUUGAACAACCGCAACAAAACUUAAAAUCAGAGAGCACAGGCAUAAAAUUAGGAACUGACCUUAAUCACAAUGGAACUGAGGACAGCACUACACCUGUAGUAAGCCUAAAUUGUACUGGGAUGAGCUGUACCACCAUGACAGAGGCUGAGAGGAGUCUUCUCCAGGCAGAGGCUCGACGAUUGGCAUCUGGUUGUCAACGUGCAACACGCGUUGGCUGGGCACCUGAUGAAGCACUACGUUCUUUAUCCAAUAGCUUCAGUGCUCUGGUUCAGUUGUCAGCAGCCUGCCUGCGAACAAAUCCCUGUCCUGGUUGUGACAUCUGCCAUAAAGCAAGUCUGGCACACAAGGAAGAGGAUGAUGAUGACCAGCAGGCCAUGGACAAAAUAAAGGAAAUAGUGGGUUUGUACCGAGAGUUUGUUGGGGCUGUUGAGACAGCUGGAACUGGUUCAGGAGUUGGGGGUAAGAGCGUGGGGCUCACUGGAUCUGCACAGGGUCAAGGGGAGGGUGACGGAGUGAGGCUACUAGCCAAACGCUGCACUGUGCUAAUCUCGUCUGUAUUCGCACUCACACAACUUUUCCGGACACUCACACUAGAUACCACAGACACGCCUGGCCACGUACCUCUCAACUUUUGACCUGUGAACUUUUUACUCACUAAUAACCACUGACUCCAGAAGCGAGACAAGCAAACAGCACAGAGCUAUCGGGUGUGUUACUCCUGUAUUCUUGUACAGUAAGUGCCAUGCACACCACAGCCACAUUACACGUACUGAAACCACACCUUAUCCGAAAGAAGAGAGGAAAUGUCAUUGCGAUGCCUCUCCUUGGACGCAUAUGGACUAUGCAUUUGUACAUAUGAAUUUUAUAAUUAUCUUACAAUUCUCUUAUUUUAUGAUACAAUAUGUGUAUGUAUGUAAGGAUGGAAUAUACAUGUAUGUAUUUAUGUAUUUAUUUUUACAAUGUUUGCACCAUGAUCUGUGAUGUGCAGGUCUCCGGUAAGGAAGCAAAAACGGAUGUCACUGGAAGUUUUAAUAUCUCUUCUCUUGAGACAGUAUUUUUUUUUUUAUUUAUUAUUAUUAUUAUUAAUUUUCUUCUUUUUUUGCUGCUUUAAAGAUUUGUCAAUUCCACAAGGUGUAAUCUGUAAAUUGUCAGUUUCAAGUUUAUUAUUACAGUGCACAUACUGGAAAAAAACACAGAAAAUGUACUCACAUGUGAAAUAGAGUAUUAAACUGUUUCUUUUUAUAUGUGAAGAGUUUGCACCUUUUUUAGUAUUUAGUUUUACAACAAUACAGUAACAGAUUAUGGGAUGUAACACUUACCCACUACACAGCAGGGAGAGCACUUUUGACUGUUACAGAUUGCACCUUUUUAUGGAACACAUAACCUUGUGUAAAGUGUAUUUUUUUUAUCCCUUUCAUGUCCAAACUGUGUGAAUGCUUCAUGGAAAACCUUACCCAAAUGUAUGCAGUAUUAUAACAUUAAUCUAGUUUUCAUCCAAAAAAAAACUACAUAUAUAUUUUUUCUGGGUAUGUGUGGGUUAUGUCCAAGCAGCAAAACAGGGGACCUAAUUAUGUAGUUGACAUGUUUCUGACUUGGCACAAGGGUGACUGUUAAACUCUGUCCAGAUGUAGCGAAGAUCCAAAGUCUUAAGAAAACACUGAGCCACUACUGUUUCCUGCUACGGUUUCCUUUUUGGACACCAGCGUAUUGAUACCACACUGACAGAUGGACUGACUGCUUCAUGCUGGGGUCAGAACUGUAGAUAGACAUCUGUGUCCUACCUUAGUUUAUGGCUAUGCAAACAUAAACUCCUCAAUCCCCACACUCUGUAUUUUUUAUUUUUUUUUCUUGUGCUAACAUUAAAAAGAACAACGGCUGGAUUGUGUUUGUUUGAAUACAAUGGCUGAUUUCUUUGUUUGGAAUGUUGGCUCUUGUCUUGUUUUGGAAAACUUUCUGCAUUAUGGAUUGCAACGUUUUUGCGAAGUUGCAUGGCAAUAUCAUUUGUCAAUAUAAAGACUCAUGUCUAUACUGAUGUCUGUGAAUUGCCAGUAAAAUUAAUACAUUGCUCGAUCAGUUUACUGAUGUACAGUGUUCACUAAUCGGCCGUCAUUUCACAACUCACUUGAACAUCUGAUUUUGAAGAUUUACUCAAGCCACCUUUGACAACAGAAAGGUAUUUAAGACGCACUAGUCAGAAGCUACCUUUACAAAUAUAUGGGGAUUAGCCAAAACAAGGAUUGCAUAAGAACUAAGAGACAGCUGGUGAAAAGAUAGGGUAUUUAAUUGUAAGUGGUUAAAGGGGAAAUUUUCUUAAAGUGUCUAUUUACAAAAGAAAACAAGUGCACUGUUUUGGACUUUACAGCUUCCAAAUGCCACGAAGCAUACGCCCAGUAACUAUGUCCAUCACUGCACUAACAUCAUGAUAUUUUGUGAUGUCUCAAGUGGUGUCUCCUGUUGUUCAGUAGGCAGGCUCAAACAGAAAGGAAGGCCUGUGUCACCCACUUCUCACUGUAUAGGAAUAUCAUAUGAGCAGGAUUUCAUAAUUUUGGCAUAAAAGAGAACAUUUAUGUUUCUACAUAAGCAGUCACUUUUCCGUAUCUACGUACAACAAAGUCAAUGUAUUGAGAAAUGUUUUGUUUGGGAAUAAAUGAUACACCGACUUUAA